UUGCUAUCGUAAUUAAGGUGGUUGCUUGGGUGUUGCUAGGGUACAUAUGGUGGUUGCUAUGCAAAAUAACAAAGCAGUGGAAUUGCUAAUGUUUAGCCAUUUUUACAUUUUUAGCCAAAAAAAAACUCACUUAUGUUGGUCCGAUCAGUAUGAAAUUAGAAUAUGUUGAACAACGGGACAUCACAAACAAUCCAGGUUCAGUUUUGAGUCGGUGGAUUAUUCCCGGAAGGAGAUAAAUGGUUCAAAGCGUACAAGGUUUCCCAUUUCUGGCGCGGUAACGCUAGGAGCUAGAGGGAUGGGACCAAGACGCACGGCACUGGCUUGAGGCCCCUGACAACUGUUCCAAAGGUGGGAUCUCUGAGACACCCACACAAAAAACUUUGAAGGAAAAACUUUUAAAAAGUUGACCACUCCCACUUCAGAGGUGGAGUUUUGGGUGGUAGCAUGACUGAAGUCUGACUGAAAUUCAAGUCAGACCUUCUGCACAUGACCCUCAUGGAGCGUGCAAAGUUGCAUCAACAAACUAGCAACCACAACCCUAUUCUCAACCAAAAUGAUUACCCUAGCAACCAGCAUAGCAACCACUUUAUUUAGCAUAGCAACCACCAAAUCUCCCCUAGCUAAGUAGCCUAAAUCAUAUAUUUUUGGAAUGCACUCAGAUAUAUUGUACAUUCAAAGAUCAACUGGACAGCUGUAUCUUACCACCCAGAUAGCAGACUUUCUGGCAGCACUUUGGCAUACAUCUGGCGAUUUUGGGCUUUGAUAUGGCAGACCAAAACUUUUGGCUUCAAUGUGGCAUGAUUAUGGGCAGCCAUAACAGAUAAGAAGGCGCCAGUAGUGUAUGGCUGAAUUAUGGCAUAUAUCUGGUCAACCGUAGCGUUAGAUCAAGAGCGGGGACAGCAUCUGAUGACGCAUACAGGCUGUUUGGCAUGUUUAUGGACAGCCAGAAGAUGGGCGAAGAGCGGGACAGAGUCUACCCGUAUGUGGGUGAGUUCUGGCAUGUUUCUGGCUAACCAAAAGACUCAGCAAAAGACCGGGAAUUUUCCAUGGAAUUUUCAAACUUUCUACUCGAACAAGACCCAGCCGCCCAGUUCGACCAGCGAGCAAUCACAGUUGAGGAAACUAUGUAUCACAUUGUCAGCUUUGAUGAUUUUGAUGAGGUUGAGGUGGUGCCAGCGACCUGGGUCAAUGGGGGAGUCUGUCGGUGGCCCCCUUAUAAAGGAGAAGGGUUGCAGAGGGCCAUAAAGAACUUUCAGGAGCCAGACAACACCUGGGCCCUGUAUAAUGUCCGUGUGCUAUACACAGAUAAUUAUCACGAAGCGAGGAAAAGGUUGCCACUCGCAGAGCAACAGACUGAUCUUCAGUCAGAGGCAGAGAUUGAUGCUGGACGACCCCAAAAAAGAACAAUCAAGCGGAAUCGGCACUUCGAUGUAUAUGAGAGUGACGAUGAAGAGGUGGCACCCAAGAGGAGCAUGCUACCAAAGCCCCCUCAGAUACCAUCACCAUCACGUUUCCGGCGAUACAUUAUCAGCCCACAAUCGGACCAAGUGGGGUUCUCGGAGAUUGGAAACAACGAGAUCUCAAAUAACCAUCAUGUAACAACCCUUGGGUCAACAUUGCGCCAGGCCAUUGAUGCAGUUAAUUUAACUGAGGUACCCAAUGGUGAAGUUGACACAGGGCCAGCUUUAAACCAGGGCCAGAUUAGGGAGGUUCAAGCAGCUCCAGAGGCCCCAAGACAACGCCUGAAAAAUUCAUCUGUCUGUGGACAAUUAUGUGGAUCUUUGCUGCAUGACAUGCUGGUGAAGCAGGAAAUAAUAAUAGAGCAGCAGAAAAAUAUAGUGAGAAUGGUGCAGGAUCUACAUGAUGCCUUUGCCUCUGCUACCGACGGCUCCAAUGUUACACAGGGGACAGUGUACAGGCACAGUGCUUAUUUUCCAUUAAAGGGCCCAGAUGAUUUAAUGGUUCUGGAAAGAGACCUUCAGUCUGUUCUGGAACUGAAGAAGGAUUUAACUCUUUUGCUUGGACUAGCAGGGGGUGCCACCUUAAGAGAAACUGUUUGGAGGGUUUUACAAAGGGUCUUCACCAAUGAAUUUUCUCAGAAGGUCACCUGGAGGGGGUUGAGUGGAAAGGUGGCCUUUGAAAAACAACUUCUGAAAACCAUAGUAAUAGAUGCAGUAAGGAGAAACCCUGUGUGCUCUGUUGCUACUGAGGCUGAAAUUGAAACUACUAUUAAAAAGUGGUUUUACUGGGCUGGGGAUAGAAAUGGAGGCAGGAAGAGGCGCCUUCACUCACCCAGCAACCCAGCCACCCAGACACAAGGCACCCAGAUACACAUCCACCAGCUACUCAGUUGCCCAGCUACCCAGCCACCAGCUGCCCAGCUACCCAGUUGCACAGCUACCCAGCCAUCCAGCACCCAGCUACCCAGCCACCCAGCACCGGGCUACCUAGCUACCCAGCCACCAGCUGCCCAGCACCCAGCUACCCAGCACCCAGCUGCACAGCUACCCAGCCAUCCAGCACCCAGCUACCCAGCCACCAGCUACCCAGCACCCAGCUACCCAGCCACCAGCUACCCAGUUGUACAGCUACACAGCCAUCCAGCACCCAGCUACCCAGCCACCCAGCACCGGGCUACCUAGCCGCCCAGCUGCCAGCUACCCAACCACCAUCUGCCCAGCUGCUCACCCAGCCUAUCAGCCCUCCAGCCACCCAGCUACCCAACACCCGUCCAGCCAUCCAGCCGCUUAGCACCCUAGCCACAAGGCACCCAGCCAUCCAGCACCCAACCGCCCAGCUACCCAGCCCUCCAGCCACCCAGCGACAAGGCACCCAGUUGCACAGCUGUCCAGCCAUCCAGCUACCCAGCCCCCCAACCGCCCAGCUACCCAGCCAUCCAGCUACCCAGCCCCCCAACCGCCCAGCUACUCAGCCACAAGGCAUCCAGCAUCCCAGCCCCCCAGCCACAAGGCACCCCAGCCACCCAGCACCCGACCGCCCAGCACCCAGCUACAAGGCACCCAGCCAUCCAGCUACCCAGUUGCACAGCUACCCAGCCAUCCAGCACCCAGCCCCCCAACCGCCCAGCUACCCAGCCACAAGGCACCCAGCCAUCCAGCUACCCAGCCCCCC